UGAGUGGCGACUAUAUAUACCUGUCUCGCUCUAGCUUUUUGCUCUUCUCUCUCUACAUUUCACCGCUCUUUUUGUCGUCAGCUCAGAGGGAAUAUAUCUUCCGGAGGAUUAUUCAUGUCGUAAGAUAAUUGGCUGAUGGGAUAUGAUCGGGAUGGAAUUCUCCCAGGAACAGAAGAUCAAACCUUGUUUGGAAUGGAGUGAAAAGGGUCAGCCACUGCCUAAAUUUGGCGAAUGGGAUGUUAACGAUCCAGCUUCUGCCGAGGGUUUUACUGUAAUAUUUAACAAAGCAAGGGAUGAGAAGAAGACGGGUGGGAAGCCCGAGUCUCCUACAAAGGUGGAUACAGACGCACAUCAUGGAGUGGAGCCUUUGAAACCUCAGGGUAAAAAAUGGCUUUGCUGUAUGCAGAGCCCAAAGGCAGAAUCUUGACGAAUAUAUACAUAUACAUAUAUAUAUAUAUAUAUAUGAUGAAAAGAAAGAUAUAUAAAUGAGUGCACAUUCCAUCCCCCACCCCAUCCCCUCGAAAAGAAAAAAAAAAAGAAAAAAAUGGAUAAGAUAAUAGAGCCAGGAAGAUGGCUCUGCAGCUAGGUGGUUGUAAAAUGUAUUAUUAUUAUUAUCAACAUUCUGUGUGCUGUUUUGAGGAUUAUAUGCGACUUCUCUGUUUGCUGCUUUUA